AUGAGGUUCACUGUCGCUUCCCUUGCCUGCAUCGUGGCUGGUGCUAGUGCCUUUCAAUACCCAGACUUUGUCCCCUUGCACAAGCGUCAGGCACCUGGCACUCCUCAGUAUGACUGCCACGCCAACUGCGGUGGUGUCAUCACUGCUUCCCGUCAGGACGACUUCUGUGACUCCAGCGACUUCGAGAGCAUGCUAAGCGCUUGCUUGGACUGUGCCCUCGUGUAUGAUAUCUGGAGAUACUAUGGCAACUCCGUCGGAGCUGCUGCCGAAGAGUGUGGCCUUGAUGGUACCCCGGUCGAGCCCACCUCGUCGAGCACGACCACCACCGCUACCGAGACCACCACUGAGACGACGACGGAGACCGAGACUUCCUCUUCUACUGAGACGGAGACCGAGACGGAGACUGAGCCCACCACGACCGCCACUUCUACUUCAACGCAAGAGCCUACCGAGACAGUCUCUUCCACCACUGUGAGCUCCACCUCCACCCCUGUCAUUCCGACUGUGACCACCACCACCACCACCACCCCGCCCCCGGGAAGCACGACCUCUCCUACCCCUGGACCCGAGGAUCCUGAGGACCCUGCAUUCACCGGAGCUGCUGCCCUCAACACCCCAGCCGGACUAUUCAUGGGUGGGCUCGUCGGCUCCCUUAUUGCGGCCUUGAUGUAA